AUGGGUGCUGGCGGGGGCGGCGGGGGGGAGGAUGUGUCAGGGCAGAGCCGUGGGAGCUCGAAAGCCCCUCCGGCAGCCUGCGACCGGGCCUGUGCUCCGGGCCCUACCUGCUGCCGGCAGCAGCAGCAGCAGGAGGAGGAGGAGGAGGAGAGCGGGGGGGAACGGGCGCUGCCGGCGGGGCGCCUCGCCUCGCCGUCCCGCACAGGCCGCCGCCAAGGCUGCGGCCCCCCCGGGGCCUUGCCCCGCGGCCGGCGGAGAGGCGUCCCCUUCGCCGCCCCCGCUGUGGGAGGCGGCGGUCCGCCGGGGCUCACGCCGCCGCCGCCGUCCCCCCCACCUCACACACACACAUUCCCCCCCCCCCCCCCCCCCGCCAGCCCCCGGCGGGAGCGGUUCCCCGGGGCGGCGGGUCCCGACGGCGGCCCUCCCCGCGCACCCACACCUGUGCGCCGCGGGCCCGGCCCCGCGGAGGAGCGCAGCAGGCCCGCCGUCCCGCCUCGGGAGGGGCGAGCGCUCCCUUCCCCGGAGAUCCCUCCUCCCCGUCCCCCUCGGGUCCUAAAAUGGUGGAGCCCUCCCUCUCCUUCUUCCCGCCUCGCUCCCCGACCCUGCCCGCCGCCCCGGCCCCCCCCCCCCCCCGGUGAGGGGGGGCAGCCGCCCCUCCGGCCCGGCCCGGGCUCCGCGGGGAUCCGGCGCCAGGCCCGCGCCUCACCCCGCCUUCUCCCGGGAACACGGCAACGCCGCUCCCGCCGGGCCGGGCCGCGCCGGGCCGCCCUUACCUGCGCCGGCCUCCCAUCGCCGGGCCGGGGCCAGCGCCGCUCCCCCCCCCCAGCUCCGCUCCGCUCCGCUCCUCCCCGGCAGCGCCGCUACCUCCGCGGCCCCCCGCCGCUCGGCAGCCGGCCGCCGUCUCCCCGCCGCCCGCGGGGCCGCAGGCAGCCGGGGUUUUAAGGAAAAGCGCCGGGUGUCGGGAGAAUCGUCCUCGCUACACGUGGCGGGGCUUUGCCUCUGCAGCAGCAGACCUCAGGGAUCCCAAGAUUACGUCGGAGACCGUCAAAUAAAUGUAAAUGCAUUAAACACCUGGAUUCACAAGAAAUCGAGCGGGGUGCGGGUAGAAAAAACUCUGUAGGUUGUGUUAAAAAUCUGAAUCCACAGCUACCAUUCUCAAGCAUCCUGUCUCUCCUCGGUACACAGGUAAAUAUCCUGAGGAGCCCUGCCUGCAUCAAAGCUUUCUCUGGUUGCUGUGGUCUGUUGUGGACUGAAAGGGGACAGCAUAUCCGUUCCCAGUAAAGGAAAUUCUGUCCCUGUCUGCCAGCCUGACUGUAGCGAUAGGGGCAGAGAGCCUGUAGGGAGACUUCCCCCACGUAGGAGAGUGGAACAGAGCUUGGCAGAGAAAAGACUUAAAUAAAGGGAAAGAAGGGGAAGGCGUCUAGAUACCAGACAACAUGUGCUUGGGAGUAACAGGGCAAAGGGAAACCCUGACACAGCUGAUUAGUGUGACCAUAGAAGAAGGGGCAAAUUCAGAAAUUUUGGGGUUUUCAUUCAAUGGCAAAAUAAACAGAGUAGGUUGCUUGAUUCUCCACUCCCCCAGUUUUAUUAUUUGCGGCAUAGAUGCCUGGAUUUGCUUAAAGGAGUACAGGAUUUAUGUGAGAAUGCACUUCACUGCAGUAUCAAUCUUUGCUCGCAAAGAAUGCAAGGUGAGCAAAGAAUUAUGCUACACAGGUGACUAAGGCAUUACCUAUAUUAUAUUUUCUGUCUCCUCAAAUUGAUACCCAGUGCCAACUCUUUGCUGAGUCUUUUUUUCCUAAUCAUUUCAUGAGGCUUGCAGGUGUAUAUCCUCCAGGAUGUGCUCUGAAGAGUUCAGCAAAAGAGAAUAGGGAGCUUGACCCCACAACUGGAGAAGCCCUGUAGCCCACACCCAGGCAAUCCUCAACCUUCCCUUCCCUGCAUGACCUGUGCGGGGUCUCCCAGACGGGAAGACUCACUCCAGAAGCGGCACACUGAAAGCUCUACCCAGCCAGCGACAAAAUCAUACUUGUGCUUGCUGCUGCUUUCUGAUUCAAUUAAUGCUUUUAUGCGUUUGUGUGGCUGAAUUAUUUCAUCAUAGUGGAUCAGCUUCUGCAGUUGAGAUUCCUGUUCCACAUUACUGCAUUUACAGUCAACGGAGAGGAAAGGGAUGCUUCAAAUUCCCACAAGCCAAGAGACUGGGGAAAUCAGCUCUGGAUCAUGUCUCUCUCGGGCUGGUGCUCAGACCUCUGGGACAUUACAUAAAUAGGCGAUGCCUCUUCCUACUGCAUUUUAUAAAUUCCUAUCAACUGGCAGUGGGCUGGAGUUGGGCAUCCUGACUGGAAAACAGCACCUCUGUCAUCCAGAAAAGGACAGCGCAUUGUCUAAGAAGGGCUUAACCUUACCCCUUUCCUUGGCACCUCCAACAGCUGCAGAGGCAGCUUUCUAUUUGCUUUUGUGAAUCAUAUCCUGAGGUACCUCGCCUUCCCUGCCCGUUGCACAGAAAGUUUCAGUGCCUAACUAUUCUUCAUGCAUUACGUAUGGUGAAGAAAUGCCUAAAAGUUAUAAUGUGGAGCUCUUGGUAUCGCAAUAUCUAUAUUCUUCUGUGGGCCAAGCUCUCCUUCCCUAACUCGGUGGACACUGGGCUCAUAACUUCUGUGUGGACCCAUGCAAAAUUACUGCGCUGCCAUUCAGGUGCUUCUGCCUGUGGCAUGGAGGAAAGGUCAACGAAGAAUAGGUGUGCUAUAGAAUCGCUGAGGCUGGCCGACACCUCCGGAGAUCUGGCUCAGAGCAGGGUCAGCUGCAGCAGGCUGCCCAGGACUCUGUCCAGUCAGGUUUUUAAUAUCUCCACAGAUGGAGACUCCACAAUCUCUCUGGGCAGCCUGGACCAGUUGAACCACCCUCACGGUAAAAGAAUGGGUUUUCUUAUAUUCAGAACAUCUGCACAUCUGGAGCGCUGCACAGUGUGAGCAAGAGAGGCCCUGUCCCGUGCUGGGAAUACCCUCCCUUCUCCUUUAGGACGGUGAGCUACAGUGAGUCAGUGUUUUUUGGCCAGUAGAUCCCACAGCAUGGGCAUCCUCUCCCAGCAAGUUGAGAUCCAGCAUUAGUGGGAAGCAGUACAGAGAGCAGCACAUCCUCCUCGUCAACAUCCCGUCCAGCUCAAGUCCUGUGUUGUCUCGUCCUCGCCACUCCAUAGCAGACAUUAUUCUGGGUUUAACUUCUAUUAUAUGCAAAACACACAGCUGUAAACAUAAAAAGCCAGGCAGACAGCAGGACAGAACCUCGCAGUUUUAGUAACUCUUAGUUAAGCUGCUGACAUGUCAGAAGUACUGUGGCGGGGGUCUAAGGGUCUUCUUAAAAUUAACUAAAAUCGUCUCCUUGAGCCCUCGCUCCUUGGAAAACCAAAUAACUUCCCUGGGCAUGUUUAGCAGCCAUACCUUCCUCCAAGCAGAUGCAAACCUGCGUGUAUGGCAAGAAAAAGCCUCGUAAGAAUGGAAACAACACUGAGCUUGGAAACUGAACGAAAGUAAGUUUAUACAAGCAGCAAGUAAAACACCCAUCCCCAGUGAGUCAGGUCCUGGCUGUUUCCUUCAUUUCCUCCAAGGCUUGCUGUGAACAUCCAGCGAUAACGGUCCUUCUGAAAUUCAGUCAUCUCCCUUCCUGCCCCUUAUUUACGGCUUGUUCUCGGCAGUUAGCGGAGUCCUAGCAUCCAGCACUGCGUUUCCACAGGCCCCUCUCCAGCACACCGAGAGAAGUGCGGACUCUCCCAGACCUCAGCUCAGCUUCGGUACCACAGGUCCCGUGCUCAUGUUGGAUUUGUAGAUGCUAGCGCCUUGUUGAGCUAUAGCAGGUGCUGGAGAAAAAGAGGAAAAAACGUCAGAUUUGCACAGUUCGCUCACAUUUUUUGGUUUUAUCCUGAAUACAGCCUUAUUAUUGACAGGAGUUAUAUAUUCUUAUAACCAUCCCUUUGGAUUCAGUCUGGUAGGGCAGAAAGGAUGCAGUGGAAUAUUAAGCUGUUUUGGUGUGUAAACCAUCUCUCAGAGAUACGGGUUUGAGUCUCCCCAGUUCAGAUUAAGGUGUACCUUGUGCUCUGAUUUCCUUACAUGACAACGGCUAGGAAGGAGCAGUAUUUUUAGUCUUUGUUUCUUUGUUUACUUAUAGUAGUUCUUCAUUUGUGGAAGUGAGCCUGGGCUUGUCUUAGUCUGAGAAUCUGCUUCAGUGGCAGUCGUGGAUGCAGUUAUAAUGGUGAACUCCUACUGUUGUCUGGCAGAGCCAUCACUUACCCCAGGCAUUCAAGAGACUACGGGCUUCACAUAGACAAGUACUGAUUUCUGGAAUCUUUCCUGAAAUUUGUGCCAUCCUAUGUCCAGGAAUAGGUGGCCAUGACAGAAAGGAUUAGGAAAAUGCAGAACUGGGAGAGUCCUUCAGGUGAUAGGGCUAGAGAUGCUUUCCUGUGUGAAACUACUUAUAAACCCGCAUUGCUGACAUAAUCUGAGUUAAUAACAGUAGCUCUGAGACAAAAACCUGUAUUGUCAAAGAGCGUGUACAUCCCGAGAAGAGCAGUCACAGGCUGCAAUGGGCUUCCUCCAUUUCAUUCUCACGUGCUUUUUCUCCUGGGAAUCCCAGCUAGCCUGCAGCCAACAAGUGACCUAGACAGAACACCGUGUUUGCUCUUACAGAAUAAAACCAGGAGCAAAAUAA